GAGAGAGUGAGAGAGAUUGAUAGAGAGAGUGAGAGAGAAAAAAAGUUAGGUCUUUUUCUCCCUUUGACUGUUUUUUAGGCAUGAACGCCGAGACGUGCGUUUCAUACAGCGAUAUGACAUCCAUGGAUUCAUAUUAUAGCCCCUCUGCCGCGCAAAGUAGGGAUCACCAGACCGACCACUUUAGGACACUUCCAGCCUCUGACACCAAAUACCCCGCUGCCUUCCUGGCCAACAAAGGUCAGGCUUACGGAGACAGGUCCCGGAGCCCCUUCCAGCAGGAGUGCCAGUCAUUGGAUGCUGCCUCAGCUGGGCAAGGCACUUUCAGUAAAUACCACCUCUUCAUGCAGAGGUCUUCUUGCAAGACGCCCCCCGAGGACAGCAAGCUGCACCAAGAGAGCGGCCACAACGGAGCGCUCGUCCCCUGCUAUGGUAAAGCCAGCUCAGGUCUGGCAGACUCUGACUUGGCUCCGGACUCCGAUCCAGCUGGAAUGGACACCGGCUACCUGGCUGUGAAGGGUCCGGGUGGGAAGUCGGCCUCUGACAGGCAACCAGGCACAGAAUCGUCAAGCCCUCUGGACAAGGGCGAUGGCGGCGAAAGCAACAAGGGCAAGAAAAGACGUAACCGCACAACCUUUACGAGCUACCAACUGGAGGAGCUGGAAAAAGUUUUCCAAAAGACGCACUAUCCGGACGUGUACGCCAGGGAGCAGCUGGCGCUGAGGACUGACCUGACUGAAGCCCGCGUGCAGGUGUGGUUCCAGAACCGAAGGGCCAAAUGGAGGAAAAGAGAGCGUUUUGGUCAGAUGCAGCAGGUCCGAACUCACUUCUCCACAGCUUACGAGUUGCCUCUUCUGACGCGUCCAGACAACUACGCACAGAUUCAGAACCCCUCCUGGAUCGGCGGCGGCAGCGCAGCUUCUCCGGUGCCGGGCUGCGUCGUGCCCUGCGACCCCGGGAGCCCCUGCAUGACACCUCACCCCCACUCUGCCAGCGGGAUGUCUGACUUUCUGGGCAUGUCGGGCCCCGGGGGUCACGUGGGACAGGCUCACAUGGGCAGCCUGUUUGGAGGGCCGCCUGGCAUGGCUACAGGCAUCAACACGUACGAUCUGAACAUGGACCCUGACCGCAAGUCCUCCAGCAUCGCCGCCUUGCGCAUGAAGGCCAAAGAGCACAGUGCCGCCAUAUCUUGGGCCACAUGAUGUAUCACCGUCGGCUGAAUGAGGGGCCCUUGUUGGACCCGGAAAUGUCUGCACGAACCCAGCAUAGUGAGAGGGGGCACUAUAAUCAAAAUCUAAAAGGCAACUACCUUAGUCAUUGUUGCAAUAAAAUAAUUAUCCAAAUACACGGACGGGUAAAGAUUACUUCCCGCACCUCUGUGGGGAGGUGGCGAGAGGAAGUUGAGCGGAAGAGGAAGUUGAGAGGAAGAGGAAGUUGUCGCGUGGCUGAAGUUAGGCGAAGGAACUUGUUAGGAGAAUCAUUUCAAACAAAUCCAUGCACUUAUUUGCGAAAAUACAGGAUCCUGUGUUUGUACACUGCUUUUAGUGUUAUUGUAGUUCUCCGAUCAGGUGGUGUUUUAUUCUUACAUUAUUAUUUAAAUUUGGAGUGUUGUCUCUAAUGCAUUUGUUAUUGGUUUUGUUUUAACAAACAGUUCAGCAAGUAUUCAACAUUUUUAAUUUAGUCAGAUGAAAUGUUGAGAUUAUUCACAUACUAUCUUUCUCAGCAUGAAGUGUGUAAUUUGCAUCACACUGUUGCUAUGAUAAAAAAUGAAUGAAAUGAAAAUGUACCUAUUAUAUUGGUCAUAUUUUUCAGCUACCAAAAAAGUGGUUUCACCUUCAAACAUUUCAAAGUCAUUCAGAGGAAAUGUGGUUAGUGUCUUUGGGGAGCGAUCCACCUGCCGCACUGACUCAGUCUGAUGAGGGUGAGAUGGUGGAAGUGAUGGGGGGAGGCAGUGGGAGUGCACGUGGGCCACAGCGGGCUGAAGAGUCGCCUCCAAACACAACCAAUCCGUUUUCAGGAGGACGGAGUGCAAGUGAACACGUCUGUGCCCCCUUGCAUUUCAAGUCUGAUGGGUUUCAGGGGGAAAGUGCCGACCACUCGGUCAGUCUGCCAGAAAUAACACCCUAACCAGCAGCCGGGCCCGGCUGGAGACUACACAGUGUGUCGACACUUUUAAACACCGAGAGGAUAUCAGUGUUCAUCAGCUUUUUCUGGACGUUGUGAUGCCCGGGUCCGUCAUGGCCGACUGGUAAAUGGUCAUGAAGCAGCGCCGACAUUACAAGCGCCAAAUGUUUUUUCUCUCGCUCUUGGAUUCGGCAGCUUGGAGGACUCAGCACGUUCUUGAGUGUUGAGUAGCGGUUUCAUUCUUCGCCUUCAAACACCCUGAAGGCUUUUUACAACACAAAGAACAUUGUCAUAUUCAUCACAGAGGCAUCCAACAUAACUCAAAACAAAUUAGCAUGACAUUUUUCAAUUGUAGCAAGGGAUUUCUAUGAUGUUCCAGCUGAGUAAGGUAGCUGCACAUCAGGCAGUCACAGUGGGAAAAUACACCAGGAUUACAAACUCCAAGAUUAGCUGACAAACUGGUCAUUUGAUUCAUUGCACUGGUAAAUGAAAUAACUAUUUGAUUAUGCAUUAGUAUGCACUCCUUUGUCCUUUAAAAAGGAGCUGUGUUUUUGUAUUUUCCUAAAAGAAUUGUCAAAUAGCGGCGCUAUAGAAUCAACGUCAUAGAGAAUACAUUGAGAUCAGGCGAAUCUCCGGGUACUGAUGGGUUCGAGAUCCAAGCUCAUUAGUUAUUUGGCUUGAUCCACGAGAGUAAAAGCAGUAACGCGUAAACACUACAGCACCAUCACGAUUCGUGUCCCCUGCCACCACUCUGGUUACGGUCUUCACUCCCAGUUCACUCCUAUCUAGGCUUGGAACCACAUGUCCGGUUGUUUGUCACGCUCUGUGGAAAGAAAAGAGCCGUGUGUGUGUUUGUGUGUGUGGGGGGGGGGCAGUCUAAGACAGGACCCAUUUCACUUAGCCCAAAUUAUAUCCAGCCCAAAUUAUAUCCACAUCCUCAUAUCUUUAGAAAACUAAACCUUGCCUUCACUUAUAACCGGCUUCAUCCAGAGACAGAACAAAGCAGUUGAGGUUAUGCAUUUUUCUCUCUUUGUUUGCAAUGUCUGAUUUAAGCAGAACAAAAGGGUUCUUACGCAGACCUGAUACCUCGCUCUGUCGUAGCAACCACUGCUAAUUCUCAAACCUCAACCACACUCACUAUCCCACUUUGCAUGUGAGACAACAACUUCAGUAAAGCAGGUCGCACUUGACUCCUUCAAAUUACAACCAGUUCCAAUCCCGGCUACAGAGUACAUAUCUCUGACUUAAAAGUGAGAGGGUCUCCUUGCGAAUGUGGACAUGGGGGGGCCCCCCGUGCGCUCGCUGUGGGGUUGGACGGAGGGCGAGCCGCGAGGGCGUCUGCUGUGUUCCGGUGUUCUGGGAAAAGGACAGUGCACACAGCUGCACUGAGGGGGUAAAUGCAAAACAAACAUGCCUCACACAUGCUUCCCCCUCAGCUGUCAUGGCUCUGCUUUCAAAGACACCCCCCUCUAUACACAUAGCUCUGUGCCUCUACCUUCCACAUUGUCCACUGGCUCAAAGCUGUAGCCCCCCCCUCCCCGAUUCGAAGGCUCCGACACACGGUCAACCCAGGAAGGCUUUUUAAUUAACACUGAGCCACGUUGAGGCUGUGGACUACAGUAUUGUGUGUCAGGACAGGCGGGACCGUCUGUCUUCUACUUGGUUUAAUGUGGACUGCUCCCCUGCAAAGUGCGCGCAGACGUACUGGCAGUACGUAAGUAGCUCUGGUUUACGCCACACGUACUCACUGAUACUCAAUAUUCCCCGUCUUUAAGGUGCAAGAGUGAACCUUUUCAGUGACACGUUGCUUCAAUAGGACCUGCAGACACUCAACCUAAUAGACGUGUCCUACAAUCACAUGAGGACCGUCAAUGCAAGAUUACAUUCAAGAAUAGGUGUUUAACCUCCUCCUGUACGUUGCGUUUGGCUCCAUCCCUGAGUGACGAUGUCAUCAUUUCUUUUUUCAUUUUCUAAUACUACUGAAGUCAAGCAAUCAGUAUGGGAGUAAAUAUAUGAUAAAAUAUGCGUGCUGUUGUGUGCAUGUACAUUUUUGUGCAUGCAAAUUGGAUUGAAGUUUUAAGACUCUUAGAAACGUAACUAAUUGGAUGUUCUGUUUUAUUUUGAGAUACAGCGGUAAAAUUGCAUUUCCAGAGUUGUUUUUGAACAUUCUUUUCUCCUGACAUGUAAUUUCUCUGAAUUUGAAGUUGUUUUUUUUCAAGAUACUUUGGCUUAAGCGGUUUGUUGAAAUGAGUGUAUGUGUUCUUGCUUGUGUUCCUACAUUGUGUAAUUAAAGUACAAUAAGUUAUUGCACUUCUAUUCAUAAUUUGUGUUCGUCAUUUGUACAGCACCUGUAACAAGUUUAAAAACAGAAAAGCAUAGAAAGUUGUAAACUUUAACAUUGCAAACUAGUCCCAGUUUAUUUCUUGUUUUGCAGUGAAAGACACAAGCAGACAGGAAGUAAACAUAGACCCAAGCUGUUGCCUUGCAAAGAAAUUCUGCCUGAAUGGUG